ACGCAGCUCCAAAUACUUCCCCUAGACUCUUACUUCCAUGGUGACGAAUCCAAACCGGAGACCAUCGGCGCUCUUUUCAAACCACUUUACCGCGGAAACGUGUCAACUCAGAAUUGAAGAUUGUCUAACACUACCAGAAAACAUAUAUGAUACGUUAUAAUGUGGCUCGUGCAAGUCAUUGGUCAAAGGAAAUGGAAACAUACUGUCGGUGAUGUAGAAUUACGCUGGACGGGCUAACGUUAGCCGCUAGGAAAGCACUUCCAGGGCUGAUAGCAGUCACCAAGGUCAAUAUCGGCUCCCAACCAUGACCAGCAAUGCAGAAAGGAAGUUUGUUAAUUUGCGAAAACGUCUGGACCAGCUGGGCUACCGGCAACCGCUGGGAAUCGAGUCACUGCCACUUGUGGAGAAACUCUUCAGUGACUUGGUCCACACAACUGAAAGCCUGCGCAAUGCCAAACUGUCAGCAGGGAAGUCUGACAAAGAAAACCGAAACGUAGACUCUCUUCUGGAGCCAUACAGGACAGAGAAUGCCCGGUUGGUCAGGGAAAACAAUGAGCUACACCUUAAGCUUCUAAAAUUGAAGGACGAGAAAGAGCGUGUCAUUAGUGAGCUCAAAACCAACAUCAGAAAACUGGACCAUGAGACGACUGAUCUGAAGUUUUUAAAUAAUCAGUAUGUGCACAAGGUUCGCUGCCUGGAGAAGGAUAGCAAGGCUAAAUCUGAACGCAUUCAGCAGCUUCAGGAGAAGAACCUGCAAGCUGUUGUUCAGACACCAGGUGGAAAAAAACGCAGUAUUCCUUUCAGACGGCAGAGAAUGCAGAUUGACGAACUAGUACCUCCGUCUUCAACAUCAGCUUAUCCUGUGCAGCAACCUGAUGAUCCGUACAUAGCUGAUCUACUGCAGCUGGCAGAUGGAAGAAUUCAGGAGUUGCAGGAAGGUGUUGUCAAAUUGAAACUAGACCUUGGAAAUGCUCAAGAAGUUGCAAAACAUUUAAAUACUCAGGUGGAGGAGAGGGACAAAGAGAUUGACCGCCUGAAUGGCGCACUUCAUGGCGGCCGACCUCAUGACAUAAUUUCUCUUGAGGCUCAGAACAUCAGCAACGAAAAACUAAUCGCCCAUCUUAACCUGCAGAUUGAUUACUUACAGGAGACCAACAGGACGCUGGAGCAGAAAAUAGACGGACUGCAGCAGAAAAAAAAGGACGCCUCCACCGAAGUAGCCAAUCUGUCUUUAAAGAACCUGGAACUGUGUGAAGAGCUGACGCACAUCGACGACCUCGCAAAGCGAAUGGAGAUGGACAAAGAGCGCGUGCUGGAAACUGCUGACAUGGAGCUACAAGAAACUAAAAAAGAAAUUCAAAGGCAGCAGAAAAUGAUCGAAGAUCUGGAGGCUAUUAUCACAAAGACAAGAAGGGAGCAAUCUGAAAGUGACUUUGAAAAAGAUCGUCUGAGAGAUCAGCUGGUGGAGCUCAAAGAGCAGAAUGAGAAGAUGGAGGGACUCGUGAAUUUCUUGGAGGAUGAGAAAAACAGGCUUCAGGACAAAGUAGAGAAAAUGAUGGCAGCUGACAAAGAGCUGGUGCUGGAGUUGGAGGCCAUGCGUACUAAAUAUGGCGUUUGUGGAAGGGAACGCUCUCCGUCUCGUCUCGAUGCAUUUGUCAAGAGUCUAGAGGAGGAGAGGGAUUACUAUCGCAAAGAAUCUGAGCGUUACAAAAGAGCCAGAGGAGCUGGCGGUGUUGACAUAAGCCCUAGCCGUAGCCCAAGCAGGGGCAGGAGUCCUGGGUCCAAAGUAGUCAGGGGAGGUGCUGCAGAAGCGGAGCUGCUUCGUGUAAUUCAGGAAAGAGAUGAGCUGAAGGUUGCUCUCUUGGAUUUUGAGAAGCACAUGGAGGACAUUCAAAAUAAUAUAAAGGCCCUGAGCAAUGAGAGGGAUCAUUUCAAAACCCUCUUUAAACAAACUCAGGAUGAGCUGAAGCUUACCCGCAGAGUAGAUACGUCGAGUAAUGUUGUGAAACUACAGGAGGAGAUCAAACGAGCAGAAGCAAAGCUCGAGCAGAUGACGACUGAAAGAGACACACUGAUGGAGAGGUUAAAGGUUGCACAGACUUCAGCUCUAACAGACAGACAAGGGGAAGAGAGGAAGAUUCUUAACCUGGAGAAUGCUGUAAAGAGUCUGGAACGGGAGAGACUGGAUCUCCAAUCACAAGUAUCCCUGCUAAAGGAGAGCAAGGAGGCUGCAGAGGAGGAGCUGAAGGUUCAGUCUGCUGCUAUGGUCCACAAUGGAGAGGAGGUCGCCCAGCAGAGGGUUGAGUCUAAUGCUCUGAGGCUGCUACAGGAGCAGAUGGAGAAGUCACUGUCUGAUACUCAGCACAGGCUAUCUGUGAAGAUGAAUGAGCUGCAUGCUUCCCAUGUGCAGAUAGAAAAACUUGAGGAGAGAAUAGGGGAGCUGAGUCAGCAGAGUUCCAAGCACAAAGGGGAAGUAGCUGUUCUUCACAAGUCAAUCUCUGCCCUGGAUAAAGAAAAAGAUGCUCUGCAGGAUGAGGUGGAUCAAAAGACUGAGAAACUGGUUGCUCUUCAAGAGGAACUAUCCAACAAGGAAAAGACCCUUGAAGACGUGAGACUCACAGUCACAAACAUGGACAGCUCGUUAGCUCAGCUUCAAGGAGCGUUAAACAGUCGUGAGAGGGAGUUGAACAGCCUCAGGAGACAGCUGGAUGCGUCUCGGGAGGAGCUGGCUGGACUCAGGAGAGAGAAGGAAAUUACAGUCCGAGAGAACAGGAGACUGCAAGAUGACCUAGCCACAAUGACCAGGGAGAACCAAGCUGUACAUGCAGAAAUGGAAGAGUCUUUACAUGAGAAGGAUGAGCUCAAGUUGAGGCUCCAUUCUUACAUUUCUGAAGUGGCCAGAGUAGAGAAGCUGAUUGCCACAAAGGAACAAGAGAACAGGGAUUUGUUGGAGCGGUUCAGGUUGUCCCACAUGGAGAUGGAGGAGCGGAACCAAAAGUUACAGCAGGCUGAAGGCCUCAGCAACUCCAUCCGUCUGGAGCUGCUCUCUUCAGACACAGAACGCAGACACCUCCGAGAUGCAGUCGGCCAACAGGAAAAGGAAAUCCAACAGCACAUGCAGGCGAUCCAGGCUUACGAGGCGCAAGUUUCCUCGUUGGUUCGUGGGAUGUCCCGAUUAGAGGAAGAGCUACACAAAGCACAGGAAGAGAAGGCUGCUCUCCUCGCAGAUCUGGCUUCAGUUAGGGAGCUAUGUGUCAAACUAGACUCGAGCAAGGAGCUCACUGCACGUCAGCUCACCUCCAGGAGCAUGGACCUCGAGCGGGUUACAGGAGAACUGGAGGAUGUCCGGUCAGAGGCGGAGAUUCUCAAGAAGCAGUUAGCCAGCGAGCGGCUGACUGUGCGUAACCUCGAGACACUGCUCUCCACAAAUCGGCAAAAGGAGUUUCAAACACAUCUGACAGCCAGCGAACGAGAGUCAGAGCUGAAAGUGCUACGAGACAGGCUCACCUUGGCUGACAGCAAAACUGCAGAGCAUGCCAGGGAGGUGUCCCAGCUUCGCGGCAAAGUCUCUCAAUUGCAGACAGAGAUUGACGUUCUGAAAAGGCAGCUGACCACUGAGCGCUUUGAGCGUGAAAGGGCAGUUCAGGAAAUGCGCAGACAGGGUCUGUCGUUCUCAACCCUGCAAACCUCAUCAUCCCUCAGCGUCUCCAGCAGCUCUCACCACAUCUCACCAGAACGCUCCAUCCUCCGAUCUCUUGAUCACUCCACUGAUAAAUCAGCAGACAGGAGUGUGAGCUUCAAGGAUUGAUUGGAACAAAGAUUAAAUGAAGGCACUGACAAGUGAGUCAGAACCCACUAGAAGCUUGUGAGUGAUGUCUUGACUUUGGACAUAAAAAAUGAAGGCCUCUGUAAACCACAGUUUAACCUGUGGAGUACCUCAUAGAAACUUUAUUGUUCCGUUCAACAAAAGGGCAACCAGGGCUGUUUAAAUAACGUUUGUACUAAAGGUGAAGAUUUUUCUAACAUUUCUAACAAUGUUUUUUGAAUGUGUUACUUGCACUGUAGAUUAAGUAUUUUCUAUUGAUUUAAAAACAAAAGCUUCAUAAAGAAGUCCCAAAAAAAUGAAUGUGAUUCCCACCAUCUUUAACCACAUGUAGCAAGUGUUCAUUUUGUGUGAGGUUUUUUUUGUAUUAUGUAUAUUAUGCUUAAAUUAUUCAUAAAUAAAGUAAUUAAAAACUGCAAACGAACA